CCGUCCAGACUGUGUACAUAAACAGCUGGAUGGAAGCAGUACAGGAGUGGGUGGCCGUUUAUAAACGUCCUCCCACAUUCAUUGCCUGUGUGCGCUCCCAGGGAGCGUGCAGCACCACGAUUCGGUGCCUGCUGUGUGAGGUCCCAAACAUGUGAUCACUGACUGGCCAAUCAGUGAUCACAUGAAUAUGAAAUCUGUGAAUGAUCACAGAGGUCACAUGGUACAAGACUAUUCACAACAGCCUUGUACCAUGUGAAAAACUGUCACUAAUCACAGCUCUCACA